GCGGACCUCCCCGAGGGGCUUGGAGGGUGACCUCCGGGCUGUCGACUCUUGACCUGCUGUGGUCCGGGAGCAGGCGGCAGCAUGAACUGUCGCUCAGAGGUGCUGGAGGUGUCGGUGGAGGGGCGGCAGGUGGAGGAGGCCAUGCUGGCGGUGCUGCACACGGUACUCCUGCACCGGAGCACGGGCAAGUUCCACUACAAGAAGGAGGGCACCUACUCCAUCGGCACCGUGGGCACCCAGGACGUCGACUGCGACUUCAUCGACUUCACCUACGUGCGGGUCUCCUCCGAUGAGCUGGACCGUGCCCUGCGCAAGGUCGUUGGGGAGUUCAAGGACGCGCUGCGCAACUCCGGUGGUGACGGGCUAGGACAGAUGUCCUUGGAGUUCUACCAGAAGAAGAAGUCUCGCUGGCCCUUCUCCGACGAGUGCAUCCCGUGGGAGGUGUGGACGGUCAAGGUGCACGUGGUCGCCCUGGCCACGGAGCAGGAGCGGCAGAUCUGCCGGGAGAAGGUGGGCGAGAAACUGUGUGAGAAGAUCAUCAACAUCGUGGAGGUGAUGAACCGGCACGAGUACCUGCCCAAGAUGCCCACGCAGUCGGAGGUGGACAAUGUGUUCGACACGGGCCUGCGGGACGUGCAGCCCUACCUCUACAAGAUCUCCUUCCAGAUCACCGAUGCGCUGGGCACCUCGGUCACCACCACCAUGCGCAGGCUGAUCAAGGACACUCUGGCUCUCUAGGUCUCCACGGACCCUGCGCAUCCCGGAUCGCACUACACGUCCCCGGGGCUCGGACCCGGCUGUGGGUCCCGAGGGAGGCUGGGGCGCCCGCUGUCUUCCGUGCGCUGCGGUUGCUGGACUGUCCCCUUCACUAACCUCUGCUGAUGGGCAGGCUGGCCCGCACUGCCCCUCCACGCCCCCAGCGGGGUCCCCUUCUUUCUCCACUGUACAGGAGAGUCAUUGCCGAGAUGCGGAUUCCAAGUCGAGAAAGUGUCCGGGCUGAGCCAUCUUCCCUGGUCUCGUGUACGACCUUGAGACAUGAGCACUUUGCAUGGCAAGCCUGGGGCAUCUGGAGUUCGUUGAGGCCUUGAUUUGAAACCGAGGGGAA